AUGGAAGAAAAAGCAUAUUUUCAGAAUUUGAAAACGAUAACUCAUGCUACAUUUUGCUUUGAAAAUGAAGAUCAUACAUUAGGAAAUUGUUUACGUUGUAUUUUACUUCAAAAGGAAGGAAUAGAAUUUGCUGGUUAUACAGUACCUCACCCAACACAAGCAGAAAUAAAUUUAAGAAUCCAGACAACAGGUGAACCUGCUAUAAACAUUUUGAAAGAUUCAUUAGACGACCUGUCAAACAUAUGUAGCAUCAUGCUAGAUAAGUUUAAUGAUGCCUUGGAAAAUGCCUAG